CGCGGGGCGUCAGUUCAUCGUUGUCCGUUACGUCGAGCGGGUGGCAUCUUUGAAUCACCCUCUGGUCUCCCGUCUGUUUCUCAACGCGCGAACAUCGUUUUUUAAUUCGAGAUACACGCGCAUCGGUAAGCGGACUGCCGGCUCGUCGGCAUCGACCCUUGCGAGCUGUCCCCAGCUUUCAUCCGAGACAGGUAAACGAAGGAGAACAGCGAGAGACGAAAAAUGAACAUCUUCCCGAUCUUCCUUUCGCUGACAUUGAUCACGUUCGUACUGGCCGAGGAAUCGGAACCCAGUUUCGCCGAUGAGCACGACGACGGGUUCGAGGAGGCCCGAGGAAAAAAGAGUUUCGCCCGGCUGGACCCCGAGGAACUUUUGAAACGUGCGCCGAUGGGUUUCCAAGGUAUGCGUGGAAAGAAAAACUCGAUAAUUGCCGACGACAAACUUUUCGCGGAGGAGACCAAUAAGCGCGCGCCGAUGGGAUUUCAAGGUAUGCGAGGUAAGAAGACGAAUUUAAUCACCGAGUUGGAGGAUAUUUAUUCGCCGGACGAUUACGCGAAGAGGGCGCCGAUGGGUUUUCAAGGAAUGAGGGGGAAGAAGCUGGACGACGACUAUUACAAGCGUGCACCGAUGGGAUUUCAGGGAAUGAGGGGCAAAAAGUCUCUCGAAGAGAUCUUGGACGAAAUUAAAAAGGGAAGGUUCCAGGAUUCGAAGGACAAAGACGUUUAUUUGUCCGAUUAUCCGGAUUACGGGAGGAGAGCGUUCCCUACGGAUCGAUAUGAAAAUAUACUCGAUAAAGGGGACGAAUAUCUAAGAGAAUGGGAAAAAAGAGGCCCGAUGGGAUUCCAAGGAACGAGGGGCAAAAAAAUGAUUCUUGACACGCUGGAAGAACUCGAUAAACGAGAUGUUAUGGCUUUUCACGGGAUGCCAGGUAAGGAAAACGUUCUCGACGCUUACUUACAGCACGGUCCGUUCGAUUAUGAAAAAGGUGGUACGAAUUUUCAAGACACGGAAGCUGGUAGCGAUUCCUUCAAAAGAGCGCGAAUGGGCUUCCACGGGAUGAGAGGGAAGAGGGGCAUCGCGGAGUUUUACGAACCCGGCAAGAGAGGAACGGUGGAUUAUCCAGGAGACGGGAGCAGCUUGACGGAGAACGACCUGGUCGGGUUCGAAAUUGAAAAGCGAUCGCCUUUCAGAUACCUCGGAGUCCGAGGUAAAAAGAACCCGCGAUGGGAAUUCCGAGGGAAAUUCGUUGGGGUUAGGGGCAAAAAGUCGUCGACGUCGCUAGCCACCGGACAGAGACAACCCCUAUUUUAAUAUAUACCUCGAUAACAUCGAAAAGCGAUGAGUAUGAAUGAGGAUUCGUGAAUGUUAUUAGGUAACUAGAUCAGAUCGGUUUCUCCCGUGGGUCGACGUCUUCGUCCGACGCUGUCAUUUUAUUUUCAGAUACUUAGCGAUUGUACCUACUACCGUUUCUAUCGAUGACAACAAUUGCCGUUCUCGUCGUGUACCACUAGUCUCUCGUUUGAUCGUACGAUAGUCGCGAGAAAUAGAAAGAAGUAGCGAGUCGUUUCCGUUGAAAGAUAGCCCUACCAUUUGUAUCCCGUUACUGGUAAAAUGUGCGUCAUUUGUUUCAGACUAUUUUGUGAUCUCUGUAUUUAUGAACAAAUUACCGCACCUCGUAUUUUGUUCCCGGCGAACGUUUUACACGAGGUUCUACGUUUGUGAACAGUCGCUGGCGAACUGAGAGAAUAAAAAUUGUACGAUUCAUCCGAUUUACCUGUUCGAUUCAGAAUGCGCGAUGUAGUAAAAUCGGCGAACCGACUGUUAAGAGGAAAUUAAUUUUGACUAGAUAAAAAUUUGUGUCUAUGUCCUAAUUAAGUGUCUAUUAUCACAGACGAGGUAGUUCCUCUGUGUCAUUACGUCUAGAGACAAAUACAUAUCAAUAAAAGCAACACUUUUCAUAUAUUAAUCAAUCAGACCAGAUAUAAUUUCACGAGUUCGUUUCGUUUCAACGUUCUGUUAAAUUUUCGCGCGAAUUUUCGUGGUACAACGGGAAAUGAGAAUCCCUACUCGAUCUCGAUAAAGCUCCGACUCACUGUUGAUAACGUGCGACGGAUACGAGCUUUCAAAGAGGUGACGCUACUUCUAAAAGGCUACCGUUCCGCUGUCGAUAAUAAGCUCCCGCAAGCUCCCAACACCGGAUGUAUCUACGAGUAGACAGUCACCAACUGAUGCAAUUUUAUUUUGUUCCCUGAGGCUCCGACGCCUGAUUACCAUUUUCACGUUCACUACAGUAGGAAACGCAGUACUAUAUUGUAAAAAUGAAUAAAUUCUGAUUAAUAAGUGAAUGGAAAAAGA